AGGGGGCGGGGCCUCAGAGGGCCAAAGGCACCUGAAGGUGGCAGCGCUCAAUGAUGGAGGCCGCGCCCCCCCCCAUGGAGGGCAAGGGGGCGCUGUUGGAGACCCCCUAUGGGCCCGUGUCCGUGUCUAUGGUGGGGACCCCCCGGCCCGGGCACCCGGCGAUCCUCACCUUCCCCGAUGUGGGGCACACGAGCUCCUCGUGUUUCGGGCCCCUCUUCGCGCACGAGGAGAUGCGGGACCUGCUCCGGAGCUUCCUGGUGCUGCACCUGGAGCCGCCGGGCAUGGAGGCGGGGGCGGCGGCCUACCCCCCCGGGUGCGUGCCCCACGGCGACCCAUGGAGACCCAUUGAGCCCCAUUGAGCCCCAUUGAGACCC